AUGAGACAGACAACUCUAACAGCUGCUUGUAUAAGAGGAAAUGAGAAUAUAGUGCAGUUACUUAUAGACAAAGGAUGUAAUGUAAACCAGGUUGAUGGUAUGGGACAGACAUCUCUGACAGCUGCUUGUCAGAGCGGAGAUGAGAAGAUAGUGCAGUUACUUAUAGACAAAGGAUGUAAUGUAAACCAGGCUGAUGGUAUGAAACAGACACCUCUAACAGCUGCUUGUCAGAGCGGAGAUGAGAAGAUAGUGCAGUUACUUAUAGACAAAGGAUGUAAUGUAAACCCGGCUGAUGGAAUGGAAAGGACACCUUUGACAGCUGCUUGUGAGGGAGGAAAUGAGAAGAUAGCACAGUUACUUAUAGACAAAGGAUGUAAUGUACACCAGGCUGAUGGUAUGGGACAGACACCACUGACAGCUGCUUGUUGGGGAGGAAAUGAGAAUAUAGUGCAGUUACUUAUAGACAAAGGAUGUAAUGUAAACCUGGCUGAUGGUAUGGGACAGACACCUCUGACAGCUGUUUGUUUGGGAGGAAAUGAGAAGAUAGUGCAGUUACUUAUAGACAAAGAAUGUAAUGUAAACCAGGCUGAUGGUAUGGGACAGACACCACUGACAGCUACUUGUUGGGGAGGAAAUGAGAAUAUAGUGCAGUUACUUAUAGACAAAGGAUGUAAUGUAAACCCGGCUGAUGGUAUGGGACAGUCACCUCUGACAGCUGCUUGUUUGGGAGGAAAUGAGAAGAUUGUGCAGUUACUUAUAGACAAAGGAUGUAAUGUAAACCCGGCUGAUGGUAUGAAACAGACACCUCUGACAGCUGCUUGUAAGAGAGGAAAUGAGAAGAUAGUGCAGUUACUUAUAGACAAAGGAUGUAAUGUAAACCAGGCUGAUGGUAUGGGAAAGACACCACUGACAGCUGCUUGUUGGGAAGGAAAUGAGAAUAUAGUGCAGUUACUUAUAGACAAAGGAUGUAAUGUAAACCAGGCUGAUGGUAUGGGACAGACACCAGUGACAGCUGCUUGUUGGGGAGGAAAUGAGAAUAUAGUGCAGUUACUUAUAGACAAAGGAUGUAAUGUAAACACGGCUGAUGGUAUGGAACAGACACCUCUGCUAGCUGCUUGUAGGAUAGGAAAUGAUAAGAUAGCACAGUUACUGAUAGACAAAGGAUGUAAUGUAAACCAGGCUGAUGGUUUUGGACAGACACCUUUGACAGUUGCUUGUGAGCGAAGAAAUGAGAAUAUAGCACAGUUACUUAUAGACAAAGGAUUUAAUGUAAACCAGGCUGAUGGUAUGAGACAGACACCUUUGACAAUUGCUUGUGAGGGAGGAAAUGAGAAGAUAGUGCAGCUACUUUUGGACAAAGGAUGUAAUAUAAACCAGGUUGAUGGUAUGGGACAGACACCUCUGACAGCUGCUUGUUUGGGAGGAAAUGAGAAGAUAGUGCAGUUACUGAUAGACAAAGGAUGUGAUGUAAACCAGGUUGAUGGUAUGGGACAGACACCUCUGACAGCUGCUUGUAAGAGUGGAAAUGAGAAGAUAGUGCAGUUACUUAUAGACAAAGGAUGUAAUGUAAACCUGGCUGAUGGUAUGAGACAGACACCUCUAACAGCUGCUUGUAGAAGAGGAAAUGAGAAUAUAGUGCAGUUACUUAUAGACAAAGGAUGUAAUGUAAACCAGGCUGAUGGUAUGCGACAGACACCUCUAACAGUUGCUUGUGAAGAACGAAAUGAGAAGAUAGUGCAGUUACUUAUAGACAAAGGAUGUAAUGUAAACCAGGCUGAUGGUAUGAGACAGACACCUCUGACAGCUGCUUGUUGGGGAGGAAAUGAGAAUAUAGUGCAGUUACUUAUAGACAAAGGAUGUAAUGUAAACCCGGCUGAUGGUAUAGGACAGACACCACUGACAGCUGCUUGUUGGGGAGGAAAUGAGAAUAUAGUGCAGUUACUUAUAGACAAAGGAUGUAAUGUAAACCCGGCUGAUGGUAUGGGACAGACACCU